AUGAGCAAGCUGCAGGACUCGACGUGGCACGACGACCUUCGCGACGAUGACCCCCCGCUGUCCGACGACGGCCCGCCGGCCGGGCUCGAGUUCGACAUCGCCCCGCCGGCGCUCCCCCGCACCGAUGCCUGCCGCUCGUCCAUAUUCCCCAACGCGAUUUCCCACGCCGGCGCCUUGCAGCGCGCCUGUCUCGAUCCGCAGCUCGCCGCCAGGGGAAUGCCCACGGCCUGGGUCAAGCACGACGACCCGCAUGACUUUUCAAGGAUAAACGUCUGCGGGGCUUCCUUGUUCAUCUCCGUCCCGUUCGAUGAACACAGCGUCCUUACCGCCUUCGAGAGAGAUCUGGACAGGGUCGAAUCUAAGUUUCGCGCGGGGAGGAAGGAUAAAAGCAUCGGAGGCGAGCUGGGAUCCAUCGUUAUUAAGAAGAAGCAUGUCAAGGGUCGCAAGGGUUCUGCACGCAGCAAUCAAUCGGACACUACUCUCGGUGGUUCCAUCAAACGCCCCGCUUCGAACGGCCUUUCUGGGGAAAGAGCAUUGAAGAAGGCACGAGAGGUUGAGCCUCCAAAACCCAAACCCAUUGAUUACACUAUUGCAUACCGACAGGCUGUGAAGAGUAGUGAGAUUGCCAAGGUCGUCAAGGCAAGAGCCAAUUUUAUUACCGGUCAAGUACGAUUGGCAAAGGGCAUCGCAUCGGCUUGCGUCAGGGAAUCUCGCAAGUCUGCUUUCAAAAGUGUCCGCGUCAUUGACGACGCUCAUCGACGAGCUCGUCGAAUUCUCCGUGAUGUCUUGGCAUACUGGAAGAAGGAGGAUAAAGAACGCCAGGAGGAGCGAAAGAAGCUCAUGGCACGCGCAGAGGAACAUCGCAAAUUGGAGGCUGAUGAACGAGAAGCUCAGCGCCAAAAGAACAAACUCAAGUUCUUGCUGGGGCAAUCGGAAGCAUUUUCGAGCUUUUUGAAGGCCAAGACCAAAGCCACAGCUGAGGCCAACGGCCAGGUACGGCCUUCAGAGGCAGAGGACAAGAAACCGACAAAGGUCAAAGACAUCAAUGGGAUCACAGGAGCGGAAGACGAGGUGGAGCUCAAGAAAAUUGCACAGGCAAAAGCGGCUCAAUUAGUCGCCGAACAUCAAGCUCGCAUCAAACAAUUUGACUCAGAAACUAAGAAGAAGAAGGACGUAGCCAUGGAAGCUUCAGUCAAGGCGGCGGCGAAUCGGGCUGCGGCGAAAGAAGCAAUGCGAGAUAUGAAUGGGCUUGACGUCGAAGCGGAGCGGCACUUGAUAGAGACCGAUGUCGCAGCAAAGGCCUCUGAAGCACCAAAUGGAACGGCGGUACCAGAAGCCGAAUUGGCGGGUGGCGAGAAACGAGAGUUAGCGGCAGUCCGACAGCCGACAAUUCUCAAUUGCAAGAUGAAGGAUUAUCAAUUGCGAGGACUGGCAUGGCUUGUGUCACUCUAUGAUCAAGGUAUCAACGGUAUUCUUGCAGAUGAAAUGGGACUCGGGAAGACUUUACAAACGAUAUCGUUUUUGGCCUAUCUUUGUGAGAAGGAGGACAACUGGGGCCCUUUUUUGGUUGUUUCUCCCAAAGCAACUCUGCACAAUUGGCAGCAAGAAGUCACAAGAUUCUGCCCUGAGCUCAAGGUUUUACCGUACUGGGGCAACAAAAAUGACAGGAAUGAACUUCGAAAGUAUUGGAGUCAAAAGCGAAUGUACCGACGAGACUCGGAAUUCCAGGUUUGUAUUACGAGUUAUGAGACUCUAACUGUGGAUGAAAAGUACUUUAAUCGUGUGAAGUGGCAAUACUUGGUUCUCGACGAGGCCCAAGCUAUUAAGAACAGUAAUUCCUCAAGAUGGAGGGCUCUGCUGCAGUUCCCUUGUCGUAAUCGCUUGCUUCUGACAGGAACGCCCCUCCAGAAUAAGCUGUCCGAGUUAUGGUCCUUGCUCCAUUUCAUCAUGCCAACAAUUUUCGAUUCGCAUGCAGAGUUUGCCGACUGGUUUGCCAAAGACAUCGAGGGACACGCUAACAACAACAAAAUUCUCGAUGCAAGCACGUUGUCGAGACUGAGGACUCUUCUAGAUCCUUUCAUGCUGCGUCGCGUGAAGAGAGACGUUGAGAGUGAAAUGCCGCCAAAGACUGAAAUACAACUUCCUUGCUCUCUUUCUGCUCGACAAAGGCAAUUAUACGGCAGUAUUAAGGCAAACAUAUCUCCUGAGGAACUUACACGAGCCCUCGUCGGAACAGGGUCGAAUGGUUACGAUAACAGCGACAGGAACAGCAAACUUAUGAACCUUGUCAUGCAGCUGCGUAAGGUCUGCAACCACCCGGAGACGUUUGAGCGUCGAGUUCCUCAAUCUCCAGUUCAGUUCCAAAUUGCCCCACCCCCCACACACGUUGCCCCUCCGCCAAGUGUGUUAAUUGCGAGUAAUGCCACUGCAAGCCCAGUCGAUAUCACCUUGGUAUCACGUCCUGAGAUAGUAAUGCGCGCUCCCCGCUGUAUGCACGACUUGGAAAACGCCUUUCUUGGCAACGCAAACCUUGCCCGAGAACGCUACGGACCGUGGGUGAAAGAAAGGCUUUGGGAGAGUAUGAAUUCUGGCACCGGCCAAGGGUUAUCGAUUAUGCGACUCUGUGGUGGUCUUUCGGUUUCGGAAUGGAAUGAAUGCUUGGCACAAGGUAUCAUGCCCUGGGAAUGGCAGCGGUUUGGACCGGAUCUCGACGAUAAGCUCCUGAAAUUCGAGGAUCUUUAUUUCGGGCAUGCUGAUGCGCCCGAGGAACAGGGCCUGUCCAGUGACCCCCGACAUCGAAGCCAUAGAAUUUUGAUGGAACCAAGAGCCGUUUUACUGCGAAGAAGAGCUUCCCGUAUUAUUCUUCCAGGACAAGACUGCCCUGCGCAGAUGGUUGCGCUUGAAACACGGUUGUUAAAGAUUUCAAAUGUCUUUAUUCCGCCGGUUGCGGCGCCACCACCUGAAUUGUAUUUGCCAGGGGAUGCAGCCUUGUCUCGCAGCAUUGGUGUGGACGACUACUUGCCAUACCCAGGAUUUCCAGUGAACGGCGAACCACGGGACAGUAGAGACCUGUAUGAAGUGUUCAGAAAUCUCGACGCAAACUAUGGUGCCCAUAUCGGGACUGCACCCAUACAAAUGCCAGAGGCUGGUCGUCUUAUCGCAGAUUGUGGUAAGAUGGUUGUGCUUGAUCCUUUACUCAGGCGACUGAAGACUGAAGGGCACAAGUGCUUGAUAUAUUCUCAAUUCACUAGAGUCUUGGACAUUCUGGAGGAUUACUGCGCAAAGACGGCAUUUAAGUUUGUUCGCUUGGACGGCCAGAGUGCUCUUGCCGAUCGAAGGGAUAUUGUGGCGGAAUGGCAAACGAACGAAGAGCUAUUUAUUUUCUUACUGUCGACUCGUGCAGGUGGUGUAGGUCUAAAUUUAACAGCAGCCGACACAGUCAUCUUCUUCGACAGCGAUUGGAAUCCAACCCAGGAUCUGCAAGCUAUGGAUCGUGCACAUCGACUUGGACAAGAACGGCCAGUAACUGUAUAUCGACUCAUCUCGAGAGGGACCAUUGAAGAGAGGAUGCUCAUUCGUGCCCAGCAGAAGAGUCGCAUUAACGAUCUAGUCAUCAAGGGAGGUGGAAUCAAUACGGAGGUUGAAGAACCCAAGGAUACUGAAAUUGAUGAUAUUGCUGCUCUUCUCAUGGGAGAAGAAGAUUUUGCUUUUCAGGUUGACGCAGAGCAAGUCUGGGCCGAUGCAAAGAGUGCUGUAGCAAGAAUGGGGAAGAAAGAAGAUUCUUCAGCGGGGCAGAUUGUAGCAGUAUAGAGCUGGGGAUAUCUUUGAGUACAAGGACAUGAUUUUGUACAGCUAACCUGUUCAUGGGCUUUGUAUUUUGUUCAUGAAACGAUGAAACGAUGUAAAUACUGACAUAUCAACUAA